UGUUCCACGUCAAUUACCACGUGAUCAUAACAGAGAAGAAAAAUAUCUACAUGCCGUGUUAUAAAACUCCAACAUGGCAGUAAACAUACUAAAGGUUACGUGAAAUGACCGUGGAGAGUAUAACAAAACUCUGUAAAAACGAAACACGCUUACUCCAGAGAUUGUCAACAUGUAACGUCAGCAGAGAGAACGGAAGUGUAGCAAUUCAUUGAAAAAACAUGGAAGACCACGGCCAGGAGAUAUAGAAUUUCUGUAAGUUGCUAGAUGAUUGCGAUCAGUGUGCCUGACGGUAUGAUUCAGGGGGACGGGGGAGGGUAUCGGUGGGUCGUCGCCAUCGCAGCCUUCUUCACCCAGUUCAUUAUCUGUGGAAUAACGUACAGUAUUGGGGUGUUUCACAUUGUGUUCAGUAAGAUAUUCAACGAGGAUCAUUUCAACUCAUCAUGGGUUGGUUCAAUCUUACUGUACACAACUGCUUUAACAAGUGUGGUGAUGCGGUGCUUCAUGGCGCGGUUUGGCUGUCGGUGGAGCGUAAUGCUGGGGGGUCUGAUCUCUGCUCUAGGACUCUCCAUGGGAAUGGUGGUCACGGAGAUCUACCAGGUCUAUCUCUCAUUCGGGGUACUCACAGGAAUAGGCUUUGGUUUGGCCUGUACCCCGUCUAUAAUGGCAGUGGAACAACACUUCUACAAGCAGAGGCUCCAGGCCCUGAGUGUAGUACUGAGCGGGGUGGGGGCCGGGAUUGUCGUCUUUCCUGUCCUGAUCCGGACCCUGCUGGAUCACCUUGCCUGGAGGGGCACGCUCUGGAUCCUGUCUGGAAUAGCCCUCAAUCUGUGUGUGUGUGGGGCCCUGAUGACCCCCAUCAGUCGUAGCAAACAGGUACACCUCAUGCCCCUUCUCUCGUGUGUACCGCUCCGAAAUAUCACUUUCCAUGGAAUGUGUAUAGCUAACCUCUUUUGGAGUUUCGGCUCCACUGUGAUAUAUAUGUAUUUGCCAUCGUACGCAAUGGACCAAGGCUCCACUUUUGAUACCUCAGUAUUUUUGGUGUCCUGUGUGGGGAUGGCUAGUUUUACCUCCAGGGUUAUCUUCUCUUUUAUGGGACACAACAGCACGUUAGAUGACAUGACGGCCAUCUUGUGCUCUAUAGGACUCGGUGUGGUCAUUACGGGAACUUGUCCCAUGCUGUUUGAUGACUAUGCGGGACAGAUCGGGUACUCGCUACUGUUUGGAUUUUACAGUGGUUACUGGACUACGUUUCUGUCGCAGGCCUCGCGGGAGUUACUCGGCCCGGAAUGUAUUGCCAAGGGAAAUGGUUACCUCUCGUUUAUGAUAGCUCUGGGAUCUAUCAUGGCUGGACCAGCAGCAGGUUUGUUGAUCCAAGAGGAGACGGAAUUCAAGUAUGCUUUCUACCUAGCAGGAUCGGCCCUGUUGUGGAGCUCUGUGAUUAUGAUGCUGUUUAAGUACCAGUCCUGCGGCCUGGAGAGUUUUGUUUCAGAGUCGGAGAAGAACGACCAGAAGAUUCCGCUGGUGGAGAGUUCCGAGGACAAAUGUUUAAUCAAGGGAGAACCAAUAUUAGUGUAAGUUACCACUGGCCUGGUUCUCUCUAUGCAGCAGAGAGGCAAUGGUGACGUCCGUGUGAUAACUAGAUCAAAAUGCCAAUCAGGGAGGACAACUCUGAAGUGAUACUCAUAAGACGAUGGAGUGAGAUUUCAUACAACAGAAUUACACAGACACAACAAAACAAACAGAUUAUCAUGUGACCAUUUAUACUCGGAAAUGAAGAAAGUGAUGUUGUGUGAAUGUUGAUAUUAUUAUUUCUUAAAAGUUUAAUUGAUGCAAGUGAGUAUGCUCUUUAUUAGGGAAACUCUUAUCUUAAAUUUAUUUCUGCAUUGUUAGAUGUUACAAUUACUGUUUUAAGUACUGCGUUUUUUUUUUGUUUGUUUGUUUUUUUUUUGUUAUAUUUGUUCUUUAUGUUUUCAAAAAUGUUUUGUCUUGUUGUAUGCCUUUUCAGUAAAACAAAAAUAUAGAAAGAACUUUUUAACAGUCUUUUAAGGGACUUAACUCCUACACAUUGUGGAAUAAAUUGUGUGAAAGUUUUGAGAAUGAAUUAUUUGUUUGGACUUGCAUAUAGGAUCAUUUUUGUUAUCUAUGGCAUACAUGCUAUGUAGGCCUUUGCAUUGAAUUUUACAUUCAUGUCUGUAAUUGUGCUUGUUAAGAUUGUUGAUUAUUUAUAAAUCAUGAAUUAACUUUUUCUAAAAAAUGAAAUAUAAGUACUUGUAGUUAAAAAGCUAUUCCAUGUCUUUUAGGAAACAUGUAAACAAAGACAAUUUUUUUAAAAUGUUCAUAUUUUGAUAAUAAUCAGUUUGUUAAAUAGGGCAAUAUUGCAAUGUUCAAACUUAAAAAAAAAACAAAAAACAAAACGUGUACAGCAUUCUGUAUACAAUAAGUAUCUAUAAGCAUUAAAUAUUUUGAAGUUGUUCUUUAAUAUGUUUAGUGUUUGUGAGAGAAGUCUGUGUGAAUGGUUGAUUCAGAUUUUUUUUUUGUUUUUCCCAAUAUCUCUGGAAAAAAUUCCAGGAUAUUUAUAC